AUGCACAGCGCGGCGAUGGGCGGUGGGGCCCUAUUCGGGUGCUCCUCCGCCGGCCACAGUGGGAUCAACCAGUUGGGAGGUGUUUACGUCAAUGGCAGGCCGUUGCCCGACUCCACGAGGCAGAAGAUUGUGGAGCUUGCCCACUCGGGCGCGAGGCCCUGCGACAUCAGCCGCAUCCUGCAGGUCUCCAACGGCUGCGUGUCUAAGAUACUCGGCAGGUAUUACGAGACGGGGUCAAUCAAGCCCCGUGCGAUAGGGGGUUCGAAGCCGCGGGUCGCGACGACGCCCGUGGUCCAGAAGAUCGCGGACUACAAGAGAGAGUGCCCUUCGAUCUUCGCAUGGGAAAUCAGAGAUCGUCUGCUGAGUGAAAACGUAUGCAAUAACGACAACAUACCGAGCGUGUCAUCGAUCAACCGUGUGCUAAGAAAUCUGGCGUCGCAGAAGGAGCAAGCCGCAUCAGCGCAGAACGACAGCGUUUACGAGAAGCUCCGAAUGUUCAACGGUCAGGCAGCCACGGGCUGGUGGUACCCUGGACUCCCUACAGCCCCCGCGGCGCCCACGAUACCAGCACCCUUACCACCUCAGUUGAACAGACCAGGGACUGAGGAGCAUAAGAGAGAUGAUGCACUCGAUGAUCAAAGUGACACGUUAAAAAUAGAUACGUUAAACUCUGAAGCUGGAUCAGAUGGUAACAGCGAACACGCGUCGUCUGGUGAUGAAGAUUCGCAAAUGAGACUACGACUGAAGAGGAAGCUGCAGCGGAACCGGACCUCGUUCACAAAUGACCAAAUUGAUAGUCUUGAAAAAGAGUUCGAGCGCACGCACUACCCGGACGUGUUCGCGCGCGAACGACUCGCUGAAAAGAUUGGAUUGCCUGAGGCACGUAUCCAGGUAUGGUUUUCGAACCGUCGCGCGAAAUGGCGACGCGAGGAGAAAUUACGUAGUCAAAGGAGAGACGCACCGGCCUCCCCCCCUGCGCCGCCUGCCCGCCUGCCGCUCAAUGGAGGCUUCAACUCCAUGUACAGCCCCAUACCGCAACCCAUAGCCACUAUGAGUGACACUUAUAGUGAAAUUUCCGACAGCUCAAUGUCGGGUGGGCUCUCCUCAUCGUGUCUGCAACAACGAGACGGUGGUUAUCCUUACAUGUUCGGAGACGUGCUCGGUAGUGGGGGCUACUCUAGAGCACCCGCAGCACAUCAACAACACGCGGCUUACUCACAGCCGCAAGGAGCGGCCAGUACUGGUGUUAUAUCAGCGGGCGUGAGCGUUCCAGUGCAAAUACCUUCGCAAGGGCCAGACCUCGCAUCGAAUUAUUGGGGACGGAUUCAGUGA